UCCCUCAAUUUUAUCCCCCUUUUUUUGUUUAUUAAUGAAACUGCUUCAUAGAAUUUCAAAAUUGAGCUGAACCAAAACACAGAGCUUCUUCAACAGUAGACACAGAAACUUGCUCUCUUCAAUUCAUAUUUUUACAGGGAAAUGACCAAACACAAGCUUCAUUCUGAUUCAAUGGGGCUGAGGUACCGCGGCAAUAGCCUCGGGCUGCCCUCGGUUUCCAAGUUUCGCAGUGGACAUAUGCCCUCUGUUGGCCGUAUGAUUGAGAGCCUCUCGGAUUCGGACAUGGACACCUCUGAUUCCGAGGGCGGGGGCUAUGGCGCUCGCGACUCCCCCGAGGCAUCGCCUCAGGAUGAUAAAUUGGCCGGUGGUGGUGCAAGACAAAAUGGUUUUGCCAAUGCACCGGGGAAUUAUUAUGAUAGAGUCGGGCACCGUGGCUCUGCUUAUGAUGAGUCGUCUGAAUCUGUCGCUAGCUCGGAAGUGAAUUCCACGCCGGACACCACUAGUAGCAACAGCGUCUCAGUGGAGAAACGAUACAAUGCAGGGGCUGAUCCGUCUAGCACCAGUGUGCAGCCAAAUAGGCAAACCUUGAGACAGGGCUCGAACAAUGUGAAUGAGCAGGAUAAGUUCUCUGAUGACGAUACUCCAAGUGCACCUCCGCUAGCUGGGUCGUUUCAGCAUCAAAGUCGAGUUUCUAAAGACCUUCCGGCUGUUAGCGCUGAUGAUAAUCCUUGCUUAGGAACAUCUGCAGUCGAGAUUGAAUCGGACAAGUACAAGGGCUCAUUACCAGGUGCUGCAGAAGUUGAAACUUCUAAAGUGCCUGCUAGGAGUGCAGCUGUAUCUUCUCGUCCUUUAAGUGGCCGAUAUCCUACAUUUCAUGCAAGUGGUCUGGGCAACUGGUAUGCUGUUUUAUCUUAUGAUGCAUCUGUCCGGCUAUGCCUUCACUCGUGGGCGAGGGGCUGUAUGGAAGCUCCUCCCUUUUUGGAAAAUGAAUGUUCGCUGCUGAGGGAUGCAUUUGGGUUGAGAAAUAUAUUAUUACAAUCAGAGGAAGAGCUGAUGAGGAAAGAUCUUUCUGAACUUGUGGGUGAAGGCGCUUUUGUAAAGUCUAAGAAAACCAUCGGGAAGAUUAAAGUUCAAGUUCGUAAAGUGAAGAUGGGGAUGGAGCAACCCACUGGUUGCACGUUUACAUCUUUAAAGUCUUCAUCCAUGGUGAAGCUGGAAACGUUUCAGCAAAGGUUAUCAAAUGUGAAAUCGGUUGUGUCAUCCGAGACAAGGGCAUUGCGGACACAAAAUAUAACCCCGGUUGUCAAUUUAAACGGCUCUUUAUUGCAUAAAAGAGUUGCACACGUAAUUGUUGGGACUCGUAGGUACUUGAGAGAAGUACCCAAGCUCAUCAAAAUCGGCUUUAAUGCUUGGCGUAGAAGUGCUGCAACUUAUGAACUGGUACAAGAAUCAUAUUCUUGUUUGUUGAGAUUAAAAAGUUCGCCCGAAGAGGACGCAUUGAGAAUGCAACCGGGAUCUGGUGAAACUCGUGUCUUUUUGCCAGAUGGAUUUGGAGAUGAUCUGAUAAUUGAAGUCCAAGAUUCAAAGGGAAAGUAUUGUGGACAUGCUCUUGUUCAGGUGGCUGACAUUGCUGAUGAAUCGGUACUGUAUCUUGACCUCGUGUUUGGUUUGCUGUUGUUUCUGAAACAGAUCUGUUUGUGUGUCUGGAGGGGUCAAGUUUUUCUGCUUGCUUUGAUGCAGGGGGAGAAGCAUCGUCAGUGUAUUAUAUCUCGGGAACCAGAGCAUGAACAAGUUGGGAAAAUACAGUUACACAUCAACUAUUCAACCACUGCAGAUGAAAAUAGUUACAAGUGCACAUCUGUAGCAGAAACUAUCGUUUACGACUGUGUUUUGGAGACUGCGAUGAAAGUCCAACAGUUUCAGCAACGAAACUUGUUACUACAUGGUUCGUGGAAAUGGUUGGUGGAUGAAUUUGCAUCUUAUUUUGGCGUUUCCGAUGCAUAUACAAAGCUCAGAUACCUUUCAUACGUUAUGGAUGUCGCCACACCAACAGCAGAUUGUCUUGACUUGGUGCACGACUUUCUGCUGCCCGUGGUAAUCAAAGGCAAAAGUAAGCACACACUGAGUCACCAAGAGGUCCGUCUUCUGGGAGAAGUUUCGGAUCAAAUUGAGCAGAUACUCACUCUGGUCUUCGAGAAUUACAAGUCACUUGACGAAUCAUUGCCGUCGGGUAUAAAAGAUGUAUUCGGACCUGCCACAGGAGUAGCUGCACCUGCGCUUGAUCCGGCUUUGAAGCUCUACAAAAUGUUGCACGACAUUCUUUCACCUGAGGUGCAGUUAAAGCUGUGCAGAUAUUUCCAGAAUGCUACGAGAAAAAGGUCAAGGAGGCACUUGUCAGAAACUGAUGAGUUCAUUUCGACCAAUAACGAAAAUAUUUUAUUGGAUCCCGUGGCCGUCUCCACAGCAUAUAAGAAAAUGAAAACACUUUGCUUGAAUAUCCGCAAUGAGAUCCUAACAGACAUUGAACUCCAUAAGCAGGAUCUUCUUCCUAGUUUUAUAGAUCUUCCAAACCUUUCAUCAUCAAUAUAUAGCACCGAACUCUACAGCAGAUUAAAAGAGUUCCUCGUUUCUUGCCCUCCUUCCGGUCCUUCGCCUCCGGUUGCAGAACUUGUGGUAGCUACGGCCGAUUUCCAAAGGGAUCUUUCUUUGUGGAAUAUUAGUUAUAUCAAAGGAGGGGUUGAUGCUAAAGAGUUGUUUCAUGUGUACAUAACCAUUUGGAUCCAAGAUAAACGUCUUGCUUUACUCGAUUUAUGCAAACUCGACAGGGCAAAGUCCGCCUCCUUUCCGACAACUCCAUUCAUCGAUGAUAUCUAUGGCCGGAUAAAGGAGACCCUGACCGAAUAUGAUGUGAUUAUCAGUCGCUGGCCAGAAUAUACUUUUGCUUUGGAAACUGCCAUAGCGGAUGUUGAGAAGAUGGUGGUCGAGACCUUGGAGAAGCAGUAUGCUGACGUCCUAUCUUUAUUGAAAGAAAACACGAAUAAUAAGCGAUUUGGUCUCAAAUAUGUCCAGAAAUUCACAAAGGGAAAUUCUCCACCUUAUGUUGUUACUGCUGAGUUGGGCAUCCUUCUGAACUCGAUGAAAAGGAUGCUGGACAGUCUGCGUCCCCAGAUAGAAGCGCAGUUGAAGCAGUGGGGCUCGUGUAUGCCUGAAGUCGGGAAUAUGAUCCCCGGAGAGAAACUGAGCGAGAUUACAGUAAUGAUAAGGUCCAAAUUCAGAGCUUACGCACAAGCUGUUGUAGAUAAGCUCGUUGAAAAUACGAAGCUGCACAAUGUGACGAAGCUGAAGAAAAUAAUUCAAGACGCUAAGGAAAAUGUGAUAGAGUCUGAUUUGAGGCAGAGGAUGCAGCCUUUGAAGGAGAUGCUGACUAAUACAAUCAAUCAGUUGCACAGCGUGCUUGAAGCUCAAGUGUUUGUGAUGGUCUGUCGUGGUUUCUGGGAUCGAAUGGGACAGGACGUCUUGAAGUUUCUAGAAGGCAAGAAGGAGAACCGGUCAUGUUCCAAAGCCUCGCGAGUCGCAGUAAAUGUUCUAGACGACGCGUUUGCAUCACAGAUGCAGCAAUUGAUGGGCAACGCACUGCUGGAGAAGGACUUGGAGCCCCCGCGGUGCAUUCUUGAAGUGCGGUCAAUGCUCUGCAAAGAUUUGACGAACAACAAGAGAGACAACUACUACUAUUAGAGACGAGGGGCUUGAACGUGACUGGAUCUGCUCGUUGCACGGCGGAUUUGAGGUAACUGGAGAAGUAGGAAUAGCAGAGAGCAGAACUUGGUUUGAUGAAAAAUUAAUGUUCAAAUUAAUUUGAAGAGGGAAAGAAAAAGGCCAAUAGCUCAUGGCCAUCAGCACUAUAAACAAUACAUGUAUUCAUAAGUCGUGAAUUUUUUGUAUUCAAAACAUGUUUCCUCGUAAAUAAAGAAUCAAAGAAUUGUGAUUCCA